AUGCCGGAGCAACAGCAUUCGUCCUCGUCAGAUCAAGUACUCCCGUUGGAUCUCAAGGAACGGCUGGUGACCAGAUUCGUCCAGGAUGCAAUUAUCAGAGCAGCUGUCGACCAAGCAGCUUUCGAAAUCCACGACAGCGGCGUCUUCGCUCUGUUCGGCUUACAGUUCUCCUUCUUGGUCUAUGAUGCCGACGCUCGUGCUCUCUUCUGUCCCAAGGAUGGCAGUGUCUUCCCUAAGCCACGCAAUCUGGGCAGUGUAGACGACGUUGCAGCGAUUCUGCGGGCAUUUCACACCCGCCUCACGACCGCAGAACCCCGGACAGGCGUUCUAGCAGCAGAUCCCUCAUCGACUCCCGGAUCCCUCAAUGUACAUGCGCCAGCCAUUUUUGAGGCGGCACGCCAGGGGCCUUGGUCUACAGCAGGGAUGCGGCGGCCCAUGGACCCAUUUGUAGCGUCCAUACUCCCGUGUCCCGUCUUGAAACGGCUUGAAGAGCUCACCAUAUCGAGAGAGGAGCUCGCACAUGAGCCCCGUCCUGAAGCCGGGCCAUUGGCUGCGCUUAAGCAUGUCCUCGAACGCGCCGGCAAGGACUCGGUCUUUACAUGUGGUGGUACCUUUCGCAGCGACAUCCUGCAGCUGAGGUUCGACCGUCCGGAUGGCUCACCAGACAGGGUCACUCUACCCGUUCGCAAAACAAUGCAGUCUGACGAAGACGCACUCGACAGGUUGCUCGCAUCUUGUGAACCAGCCACUUUUGGCUAUCAAGGUCAAGAUAUAUUGGACAACGAGUAUCGCAAAGCGCUCAAACUCGAGCCUUCCAGAUUUUGCAUCGACUUCCACCCGGCAGACCACGGCAUCCUUCAGACUAUUGCUGACACCAUGCUGAGACUACGCACAGGAUCUUACAGUCUCAGCGCUGUUUUGUACAAGCUGAACAUUUACGAAACCUCUGGAAGAUUCAAGGCCCACGUCGACACUCCCCGUUCCGAGUCACAAUUGGCCUCGUUGGUUAUUUGUCUGCCAGUGGAACACACAGGGGGACAGUUGGCUGUGCGCCAUGCUGGAGAGGAGGUCAUUUAUGAUUGGGGACAAGACCCGGGAAGACUUCAGUGGGCGGCCUUCUUCUCCGACUGCGAGCACGAAGUGUUGGAAGUCCAGAGCGGCAAUCGUAUCACACUCAUAUACAACCUUUAUGUUGUGCCGAACGAAGUCAGAGAUCAAAGCUUGGACCUGGAAACACUUCCCGUAUGCCGAUCGAUCAAGAGUGCGCUAUGUGAUCCCAGAGUGCUCCCAAAUGGUGGGCUCAUGGGCUUCCACUGCCACCAUGCAUAUGCAAGGCACCGAAAAAGCUCAUCGCUCGACGUCUUGGCAUGCUUGAAGGGUGUGGACCGACAGGUAUUCUUGGCUUUCCGACAAGCAGGAAUCGGUGUCGGCAUAGCGCCUGUCUUGUCACAGAUCGAUAUGCAGGCUAUGGUCAACGAGCGCCUCACGAGUGGAGAAGGGCAAGACUACUACUACUGCGACUCCGACGUGGAAGAUGACGAAGACCAAGUGCUCAAACCUAGAUGGUCCGAGCAAUUCGAGCAAUUGUUGGACCGCGUUCAAGAUUCACCUGGCACAUUUGAGAUAGUCUAUAAAGAUGUGGAAAAUAUGCGUGGUACUGGUUUCAACACAUUUGAAGAACGAUUGACUUACACCCUCUACACUCGCCGGAUAAGAGGCCUCAAAUCUUCUCUUCUGGAACUCGACCUCGAAAAUGCGGCCAAAGCUGGUGAGGCUCUAGGAAGCGCCUCUGAUCGAAUUGGACUUGCCCAGGGCUGUUUGGGAAACGUGCAAAUUCCGAGUCACGAAGUGCGCGAGGGCGACGAUGAGGAGGACGAGCUCUUCGAGUACUGGCCCAGAGUACCUGGUAUCAAAUGGCUGAACAAGCAAGACGGUCGUGAUAGCGAGCUUGCGAUGGCGUACAUGAAGUACGGCAAUCAAUCCGAGCUCGAACAUCACUACGCGUCGAUCGCGAUCAUUGCUCGUGUGCCACCAUAUGGGACGGCACAACGGCCAGCAUCGGUCGAUGUCGCUACAGAGGCACCGACGACGUCAGGCCUCGACGACGAGGACAUGCAUCGACGCAUUGUGUCCGACGCAUUCGAUGCAAAAUGA